UUUUCCCCCUCCCUCUCUCUCUCUCUCACUCCCUUUUUCUCCGCCAGUCUGUCAAAAAAUGUGAUUGCGGGACGGCGGAUCGCGACUUACGGAUUUCGAUUAACUGUGAUGGCAUCGUAGGGCCACGUGCUGUCCGGUCGAGACGUACGGCCGAUGCGCCGAGGACGAGAGGGUCCCCUGAGCGGUGUCGCGAGCGUUUAGCAGCCUCCUUUUAAAUGCGACCAUGGCACUCCGCAAGGUGAAGGGGAACUUCGAGCGGAUGUUCGACAAGAACCUGACGGAUCUGGUGCGCGGGAUCAGGAACAACAAGGAGAACGAGGCGAAGUACAUCGCGCACUGCAUCGAGGAGAUCAAGCAGGAGUUGCGGCAGGACAAUGUGGCGGUCAAAGCCAACGCCGUGGCCAAGCUGACAUAUCUCCAGAUGUUGGGAUACGACAUCAGCUGGGCCGGCUUUAACAUAAUCGAGGUGAUGUCGUCGACGAAGUUCACUCACAAGCGAAUCGGCUAUCUCGCUGCCAGCCAGAGCUUUCACGCGGACACAGAGCUAUUGAUGCUAACAACGAAUAUGAUUCGUAAGGAUUUAAAUAGCCAAAAUCAGUACGACGCUGGUUUAGCGCUGAGCGGACUGUCUUGCUUUAUAAGUCCGGAUUUAGCACGCGACCUGGUUCACGAUAUAAUGACACUGUUGACCUCUACAAAGCCGUACUUGCGCAAGAAAGCGGUUUUGAUGAUGUAUAAAGUAUUCCUGCGAUUCCCCGAGGCCCUGAGGCCCGCUUUCCCCAGGUUAAAGGAAAAGCUCGAGGAUCCCGACAGCGGUGUUCAAAGUGCGGCGGUAAACGUAGUGUGCGAACUGGCCAGAAAGAACCCGAAGAACUAUCUGAGCCUAGCCCCCGUUUUCUUUAAGCUGAUGACGACUUCCACGAAUAAUUGGAUGCUUAUCAAAAUUAUCAAAUUGUUUGGAGCGUUGACACCUCUAGAACCUAGGCUUGGCAGAAAGCUAAUAGAACCCCUUACCAAUUUGAUACACAGUACAUCCGCGAUGUCCCUAUUGUACGAAUGCAUCAAUACGGUAAUCGCUGUAUUGAUUUCUAUAUCGUCCGGCAUGCCGAGCCACUCCGAUUCGAUACAGCUGUGCGUUCAGAAAUUGAGAAUAUUAAUAGAGGACUCCGACCAAAACCUGAAGUAUCUGGGAUUGCUGGCGAUGUCGAAAAUAUUGAGGAAUCACCCGAAGAGCGUGCAAUCGCACAAGGAUCUAAUUAUGCAGUGUCUUGACGAUAAAGACGAAACUAUAAGACUGCGUGCCUUGGAUUUGUUGUACGGAAUGGUUUCCAAGAAGAACCUAAUGGAGAUAGUUAAGAAGCUGAUGGUGCAUAUGGACAAAGCCGAAGGCACUAUGUAUCGCGACGAAUUGCUCUCGAAGAUUAUUCAAAUUUGCUCACAGAAUAACUAUCACUUCAUUACCUACUUUGAGUGGUACAUAUCUGUAUUGGUGGAACUUACGCGAAUGGAAGGCACCAAGCACGGACCAUUAGUAGCAACUCAAUUACUUGAUGUUACAAUUCGUGUACAAGCUAUCCGAAAAUAUGCGGUUCAACAAUGUGCCUUACUGCUUGAGAAUUCAUAUCUUUUAACCGGCCAGCCGAGGGCAACGAUGUCCGAGGUCUUAUAUGCAGCAGCAUGGAUUUGUGGAGAAUUCUCUAGUGAAUUAGAAGAUCCUUUAGCAACAUUGCAGUCUCUGUUGCGAUCGCAAGCUUCUAGUUUGCCAGGACAUAUACAGGCUGUUUAUGUUCAUAAUAUAUUAAAACUGGCUGCAUCGACAUUCGCCAAAGCAGAGAAAGAGGAAAAUACUGAAACUAUGGAAAAGAUUUGUGGACUGAAGGACAAAAUAGCAACUUUUGUCUGUAGCGGCGAUCUGGAAGUUCAGGAAAGAUCAAGUUCCGCGUUAGUACUACUUGAAUGUUUAAAAGAAAAUCCUGGUCUUGCACAGGAAUUAAUAAAGACUUUCGAAGGUGAACUUAAUCCGGUUGCGCCAAAGGCUCAAAGAAAAGUUCCAAUACCUGAGAAUUUAGAUUUGGAUUCCUGGAUCAACGAUCCACCUUCGGAGAGCUCGGACUCGGAGGAUUUAGAUAUGAAUGAUAUUUUUAUUAAGACGGAAAAACCGACUAAUUCAUUUUCCAAACGGGAUUUAAGCGAACCGUCCCUGGAAGAGCUUGAGAGGAGACGUGAAGCGAGGAAACUAGAACAGGAAAAUAACCCACAUUAUUUGAAAGGCUCAUUUAAGACUCCUACAUCAUAUCAUAAUUCAUCAAACGUAUACGAAGACUUUGAAAACAUUCCUGUCGCGGAAUUGGACAUCCCAAUUUCUUUAAAGAUUUCUAACUCGCACAGAUGUCGCAAUGUAGAUAGCAGCAACAAAAGACAUAAAAAGCACGAAAAGAAGAAGAAAUCGAAGAAAAAUAAAAAUAAGAAAUCUGCGUCCGAAGAGGAUGAAAAGGAUGAUAGCUUACCAUUGCAAGUAGUAAAUACUGGAAUUGGGGAGCUACCUCCGGGCGCACAGAUAAGUGAUAGUGAUGAGUAUGAUUUGGUAGAUGCAAAUGAUCCACAUAGAGCAUUGAAUAUCGAUUUGGACAUGCCUUUACGAGAAGAUGAAAGAUUGCCUGUCUUAGAACAUAGAGUUAUUGAAAAUGCAAUAACGAAGAAAGUUGAAGAAAAGGAAAAUAAAAAGGAAAAGGGUCGUAAGAAAUCUAAAAGAAAAGUCAAGAAUGUCGUGGAAAACAAGGUAAAUGACGAAAAGGAGUCAUCUGACUUGUGGUUGGAAACUAGUUCAUCCCCUGAGAAAGUGCAAUCUCCUGCAAUAGGAGAAUACAUAGAAGUAUCCAGUGAAUCACAGAAAGAUGGCAAACGUAAGAAGUCGAAGAGUCAAAACAGACAUAAGAAAUCCAACGAAGAAGACGCGAAACAUAGAAAAUCAAAAAAGUCGAAAAGUAAGAAGGAGAAUAAGUCGUUGGAUUAUGAGGAAACAGCUGGGAUAUCUACUCCGUCGAAAGAGAUAUUACCAGAAUUAAAAAACGAUAUUAUGAAUUCCGAAUAUAAUGCAAUUACUGUACAGCAAGACCCCUACGAAGAAUUAGCGAAAAAUAAAGUCAUUUCCAUGAGGUACGAGCUGAGACAAAUCCCCCAUGACUCAAGUAAAGUUAUCGUAUCAAUUUGCAUUACAAAUAUAAGUCAGCCGCUUGUAAAAGAAUUAGUAUUUGACGUUCCAGACACAUCAUCACUCAAAUUAGUUAGGAAUACUGGAGACGAAUUUGGAAUAAAACUGCCGUUCCAACUGCCUCUGCAAUCUAGUAAAGAAACUGAGUUCAUCGUUCUAAUCUCAGACGUGACGUUUGCUCAGAGACUGAGGGGUACGCUGACAUACAUGUACGAAGGUGCAGAAGGCACGCAACAAGAGAAGCUCGACUUCACCGUGCCCUUGUCAUGUAGCAAUUUCAUGGUCGGGCAUCUCUCUCACAAGGACAUACUUACGGAACUUCUCAAAAGUGGUCAAUUAGUGUCUAAGAUUAGAAGAGAAAUAACUCCUUCUAAGGACUUUGAUGCGGUUCUAAAUGAUAUCUGCCGCAAGUGCAAUCUCACACUCGUAGAACAAAUUGACGAUACCGCAUCUUUAUAUGGACAUUCUCUGAAGGGACAUCAUGUGUGCCUUUUGUUAAAAUAUAACAGAGUGACGGAAAAUCUAGUAAUUGAAGGCAAAGGUGACAAUAACUCAUUACUGUCGGGAAUUGGAGAGGAGAUCUUGAGGAUCCUGACAUAAUGCUGAACGAGUGUCUAUAUUUUGCAAUUAUUGAUUCCUAUUACGCAUCGCAGUUAUGUUGAACAUACACUGGGCGGAGGAAUACUUUGAUUGUGUCCACUAUACAUGAAAUACAGAUAUAUAGCAGCUAUAGCGUAUCUGCGGACUCAUUAAAUAUUUUCGGAAAGGAUCUUACCUAAACUUCACGUGUAAUCUAGAUCAUAAAGUUUGUUAAAUAUCUAAGAGAUAUACAUACAUAUAUAUAUACAUAUAUACAUACACAUACAUAUUAUAUACAUGCAAGAUACAUAUACAUGUACACACACACACACAGAUACAGAAUAAACACGCGCGUAGGUACAUUUCUAUAUGUGUGAGUUUCGUAAAGUUUCGUAAAGAAACUGCGAGAAGAGGGGAAAGGGGGAAUUUAUUGCCAAGAAUUGAAGACACUGGAACAAAAGUAGAUUAAUGUUUCUAUAUAGGAUUUAAGUCUGGCAUGGCACUGAUGUGCAAUAAAUAUAGAAUCGUAAAUAUUUAAGUUAUCCUUUAAGAUAAUUAUCCACUUUUAGCUAACUUGUUGAAAUACAUCGAUAUCUUCCAAAAACUUGUGUAAAUUACUACACUUUCUUAUCUUUACAAUGUUGCAUUUACUACAUGGCAUGUAAUAAUCGAAAUAGCAUACGAAUAAAGACUAAGCAGUUCUUUGUACAGUACGGAAAUAAAUGUUGCGAUAGAAACGAUUGGACUCUACUUUCACGUUCAAUGCCUUCAAUUUUUGCGCCUAAUUGAGAUGAUAAUAUUCCACUGCUAUUGUUGAGAUCUUUAUUAUUUUGUAAAAUAUAUAAAAUAUUAUAUUGCGAUGUUGCGUCCGAUCUUUGUAAACAUGGAUUAACGAGCAUUAAUUGGUAAGCGUAUUGUGUAUGCGACGCUUCUAUAAUGUCAAUAAUAAGACAAGAGAUUACGUGAAUUUAAAAUUAAAUAACUCGUAUGUACACACACACACACAUAUAUAUACACAGGCACAUGAUCCAUGUAUGCAUAAUCGUGCGGAAAAAAUAUGCCCCUGUGUUAUUUUGCAAUGGACUUUGAUUGCAUCAAGUUUCAUAUCUAUUUGCCUUUCUUUUAAUACCUUCUGCUUUCUCUUGUUUUGAGAUAUAUAAAGAUUUUUAUAUUUGAACUUAAAUUUUAGAUUUUUUUAUGUUAACUCGCUAACAUCUAGCUAUUAAACGUGUGCCAAAAA